GUCAAAUCAAAGUUGUCAAAAGCACGUUUGUUGCAUUUCACAUUUAUUGUUUUGAGAAUCCGAAGUCAAUUUAUUUCAAAGCGUGUCUAUUAUAAUUAUAAUGCGUUUCACAAUAAAGCAGGCUGGAUGUGGUGCUGAACGGGUUGGUACCGUAACAGGAUUCACCAAGUCACCUAGUACGAUAAUUGAAACCCCUACAGCUGCACUUCUUACUCAGGGAGGGAGUGUAGUUCAUUUGACGGCAGACGUCUUAGCUCGGGUAUUUACUAACCCCCAACUCCUCUGGGUUCCCUUAAACAGUACGAGUCAUUUAGAAGCUGGAGUCAAAGCCCAGGGCGAGGGAAUAGCCAAGUUUGCAGGAGUCGCUGACCAUAUAACCUGCACGACAUUGCAAAAUCUGAAUGAUGCUACACCAUUGGGACACUUUGAGUUAGACAAGGUGCCAUUGUGGACAAAAAGGGGCAAACAAAUGAUUUGUGCUGACAGAUACAUGGACUUUAUGGAGCUGUUCAAACCCGAUAUCAUUUUGGCAGUUGCAGAUGGACGCACAUCACAUUGUGAAGGCUUCAAGAGGGUCCUGAAGGCUGUCAACAGAAGUAACAACAUGCUUGAUGUAUGUGUCAAGCGAUAUAAUUCUUCCAAGCAACUGCAAGGAGGUUCAUUGAUAGGUGUUAUAGUAGCUGCCGGUCAUGAAAAGAAAUGCACAGAAAGCAUUCAACACAUUUUAGAGCACAGGCAAAGUUUGUCAGGAGUAGCCCUGCAGGGAAUAUUGGAUGGCACUGAAGAUUACACACAUGUGCCAGAUGACACUGUGAUAUCUAUUUUUAAGAGAGUCAAUGAAUCCUUGCCUAAAGAAAUGGUUCGCAUUUUGGAAGGAUUUUGGAACCCCGCUGCAAUAAUGGCUGCGAUUGGCAAUGGCUAUGAUGUCUUUGAUGGAUCUUACCCAGUGAAGUUGACCAAUGAAGGAUUUGCCUUGACGUUAAACUUCGAUGUUGACAAAAGCCACGAUGAAUUGUGUAUAUUAGAUUUAAAUGAUAGCAAAUAUAAAGAAGAUUUCAGUCCCCUUUUAAAGGGUUGCGAGUGCUUGGCCUGCAAGAAAUAUACACGGGCAUAUAUUCAACAUCUUCGAAAUACACGGGAGAUGCUGGCGUCUGUACUGCUCAGCAUUCACAAUCUCCAUCACUACGACCAGAUGUUCCACCACGCCCGUCGACAUAUUGCUGCAAGCACGUUUGACACAUUCCGACAUCACAUCACAAAACAGUACGAACUGUAUAAAGACUCGCAAGUAAACAACACUGACGAUAUGUGACUUACAAAAGACAGUGAAAUUAGUGAAAACGUGGAGCCGGCGACUGUGAAAAAAAUUCGGGUAACUGAUGAAGUUUCUAUUAGUGUAGCCAAUGGUAAUGCUUGAUAGUAUUUGUGUGUAUUGCGUAAAAGUAAUAUUACAAACUUGAAAUGUUAUGUACAUAUUUAUGGGGUAAGCCCAUUGUGGGACUUAAUUAUCUCUUGAAUUGACAGCCUUUUGACUACAUAUUUGGUUAUUCCCAGUAGCUACCUACCAUCGCCAUAUCUUUAUUUUUUCAAUGCAUUUAUUUGGCGUACUGUUAAAAUAAAGUUGAAACAUUUAAAUCAUUUAAUAGAAAUGUUAUCGCUAGUGGACUCUGAUCGAUGGCAUUAACACAAAUUAUACCUUUUUUGCUAGACCUUGGGUAGGGUAGGUAGCUACGGGAAAUUAGAUGUAGCUGUUUGUGAUAUGACAUGUAUUAAUAAAGAUCGACCAAAUCAAAAUCAACGAGGCCCUUAAAUUCGGAUCACGAUGUCCUACCGAUGUGUAGGUAGCUUUUUUGUAGUAUAGUCUCGUACUAUGUAGUAAUUAAUGUAUUCUUAAGGUCGCUUCAAUACAAACUAUAAUAAUUACCUUGGUUUAAAAAACCAAAUGUACCAAUCAGCAGGUAAUUCGUGCGCCAAAAAAACUUUUCGCAAAUAAGUAUGUUACCUGCCAAGGUUGCAAUAAAAUACUUGAUUAAGUAACAGUAUAGUGAUAAAACGUGCGCGUGAAGCAUAAUAAUUAAUAAGUAGAAAACAACGAUACUACUUAUAAAAUGUGGCAUUUGCAGUGAUUGUAUUUAUAAACCUUACAUGAUACGAAUGUAAUAAAAAGAUGCAGGCCAGUGUACCUAAUUAAUAGGAUUAAGUAAUUCCUUAUUUUCAUUGAUUAACGUUCAUUGUUAACAAUCUGAUGCGGACAUGUCCCGCUGGGGCUUCUAAUCACGUGUCGACGUGUUGCAUCCAAAGAUCUAAAUUGAAUAAUAUAAGCUUAAAACCAGCAUAUUUUGUUUUUAUUUG